CCACCUCCUCGAUCAUCGCCUCCUCCGCCCCCUUCUCCGCCCCCCUGCCUCCCUCUCUCUCUCUCCCCUCUUUCCCAUUCCUGCCACGACGAGAACCAUCAUCCGAGGAGAUCGCCGCGCGCUCCGCCAGCCCGACACACGCACAACCAUCCUCCCCCUCGAGUGACGACCGUCUGCGCGCGUGGACUGUGUUGCCCCCCACCCCCCUUUUGAAUUGAGUAUCGCCAUGGAUCCCUAUGAUGCGAUCAUGGCCGGAAUGGCGUCGGGUGCCCCGGCUGCCGGGGCUGCUCCGACGCCGACCUCCCCUCGCGAGGACGACCUGUCACCAAACGAGCAGGCCGUGCUGAAGCUCCUCCGGAGCCAGAACGGGGGACAACUGACCAACGAGGUUUUGGAAGCGGAGCUGCCAAUCCCUCUAGAAGAGCGAGCAGUUGCCAUCAAUGCCCUCUCUCGACGGGGCAUGCUCACUUUUGUCCGGAUCGGCAACAAUGUCGCCUACAUGGAGGUCCAGCCGGAGGAGGUCGUCAAACUUCAGUCCAUGAACCAGGACGAGCGCCUGGUGUACACCCUUAUCAAGCAGUCCGAUGACAAGGGCAUCUGGACCCGGGAACUCCGGACCCGAGCCAACCUGCAGCAGGUCCAGCUGCAGCGGAUCCUGCGUGCACUGGAGACACGCAAGAUCGUCAAGAGUCUGAAGAGUGUCGAGAGUAAGAACAAGAAGAUCUACAUGCUUUUUGAGAUCGAGCCCUCCCGACAGGUGACCGGCGGCGCGUGGUACAAUGAGCAGGAGUUCGACUCGGAGUUCUUGGGGAUCCUACGUGACCAAACCUAUCGCUUCAUCGCCGAGAGGAGCAUGCCCCGCGGCAACAGUGUCCUGCCCCUGUCCCACGUUGGGUAUGCCACGGUCGAGGAUGUGGUCGCGCACAUCGCCAGCACCCGAGUCAGCAAGGUGCCUCUGAAGGCCGAGGACAUCGAGUGCAUCAUCACCUCGCUCAUCUAUGAUGGGACAGUGGAGAAGUUGCAGAAUGGCACCUACCGUGCCUUGGUCCGUCGGGCCACCGGGGCCGGGGUCAGUCUUGGAUCGGCCGGGCGCGACCCCACCCGUAGCGGCCUCACCAACAUUCCCUGUGGGCACUGCCAGCUUUUGAACUUCUGCAAGGCCGAUGGCCCGGUCAACCCGAUGAAUUGCGAAUAUUUCUCCAAGUGGUUCGACCUUUGAGAGGAGCGAGGCCCGGCGGAAGAGCCCGCUGUAAUGCCUCCCCUGUCUCCCCUUGACCUGGUGUCGUGUCAGGCUGUUGAUCGAGUGGGGGCAACUGUGCAGCGGCACUUCCCCCUGCUCUGAUCCGCCGGUGCGACCCAAUACACACACACACACACAC